UUAAUUCCGAACUUACGUCCACGGACUGAACCCAUUCAGUCAUUUAAAUACAAAUGUGUUGAUGUACGGAAUCGAUUUGUUUGCGGUGUUAUUGGUUGCAAAUGGAUUGAUGGCUGUACACCUGAUGAACUAAAAUUGCAUCUUAAGAACAAGCACAUACGCGGCCGUACAUUUCUGUGUCCACAUUGUAAUGAGAUCAUCAAAACGAGUAUAUUAUACCAUUUAAAUUUGCACAGCAGCCAUUUGUGCCAGUGUGGUGUAUGCGAUGAGAAAAUAGUCGGUGAAUUUAAUCUUCUUGAUCAUAUGUUGGACGAACACCGUGAUAAAAAUUGGGAUUUUCGCCGUGAUAUUCGCCAUUCAAAGAAAUCGCCAAUUUUACAAAAGAUUCUCGCAUUGUUCGAGUGCAUGGUAUGCACAGCGUAUUUUCAUACAUAUUCCGAUGCGGUUGAACAUUAUUUAUUUAUUCACAAAUCACAUCAUGCCGAUUUUAAAAUGAUUCCAUUGUUGAAACAAAUGAACCGCGCCAACGAGAUCAAGUGGCUGACGUCAAUGAAAUGGGAUAAACUUUUGCAAAAACAUUUUAUGUGUUUAUUGUGUAACAAUAUUCAAUUGACGAAAUGCCAUCUCAUUCGUCAUCAUGUCAAAGAGCAUCAAUCUAAAGAAUUGUCCAUAACAUUCAUCGAUCGCUUCACCCAAUACCCACAUGAAGCCAAAUUGCGAAAUCACAAAGAAAACUUAAGCUUUGACCAGUAUUUGAUAUACUAUUGUGGUCAUUGUGUCGAUUUGCCGUUUGCCAAUGUUCACGAUGUUUACAACCAUUGGCGGGCAAACCACGAACGAGCCGACGAUGUGAAGCCAUUCCGAUUUGUUCCAGCAGAAUUGGCCAAGUGUCGGUAUUGUGAUGUUAUCGGUACAUUUCAAGGACUUAAAGAUCAUCAAGCGAAACAACAUUCGGCGAUGCAUUUUGUUAUUGAAAAUUUACUCGAUCGUUCGAAAUGUGGACUAUGUUUGGCUGAUUGCAGUGACAGUUUUUCCAAACAUUUUGAAAACCAUCAUAAAUCGGUGCUUGAGACCAAUCUCUUUAGUCCAAUCGUUCUUUCCGAUUACACUGUGAAGAAACUCAGGAAUAUUGAAGAACAUAAAAAACGAAAAUGUGGACAUUGCACCGAAAUCUUUGAAACAAAUGAUGAAUUUUAUAAACAUCAUGACACUGUACAUCAUCCACACAAUGAUAUUUCGGAGACAUUCCACGACAAUGAAAGCAGCCAUUUAAUUUGUGGCUGCUGUAAUGAAAGACUCAAUCGAAAUGUGAAACUGUUUGAUCAUUUCAUAGAACGGGAGAUUGAUUCGGUGGAGAAAUCUUACUGGAAAACAAAAGUGGUAUUUGGCAAUGGACUGACUUUGAAUAAACACAAUUUAUUGGGCACUAAACUUGAUGAUAGCUAUUUAAUCAAUGAAUAAAACGGAAAAGUUUUAACUCUCAUGCAGUACAUCUGAACGACAAUCAAGAAACAAGUGGAAAAUCUGAAUUGUAAUUGGACACAUAGCUACUUCAACAUCUUUAUGAAAUUUUUGUAAUGAAAUGCUUUUUUGACAAGCUUGUUGCUUUUUCCAACUUGCAUGAUUCUUUUUCUUGUUCAGGCCUUACAAUCCUGAUCUCUAAACAAUAUGAAAAAAAUUGUUUUUAUUAUUGAAAAAAAAAAAAAAUCAUAAAAUUUUGAAUUGUAACCUCCUUAUAUUAAAAAUAAAAUUAGCCAAAAAAGAAACAAUUGAAAAAAAGAAGGCCAAAAAUAAAAUGCUGCCACUAAUUGAGAUCAUUCAACAUUACAAUUGUUUGUAUCGCCUGCAUUUAUUGUAAUGAAUUUUAUUGAAUUUUUCCCAUUGAACUUUCGAAUAAAUAAAAGCUACACAAUCAUAA